CUAUGCACCAACAACAUGCAUAAGUAAUGACAAAGUUUGGUGUUUGGAUCCCUCCAUGUCUUGUCUGGAAUUUCUAGCACAGGUACCUAAAAAUUAUAAGACAACUAAUUACUUCAAAACAAUAUCCGACGAACGAAGCUUUAGGUAUUCUUGAUCAACGCCUGAUGGCAGUUCCCGAAUCAAGCUAUAUAUUUCCUUAUUAUGGUACCGCAGACGUGUCUUAGGAUCAGUGUAAGGAGCAGGUAAUCCAGUAAUAUCACAGUACUUUGGUUGCGGAAGAAUACUUGGCGGCGCCUCUAUUGAACUGUAGGACAAUUUGGUGGGAUCGUUUUGAAUUGGGUCGUUUUGCAAGAUUUGCUUUAAAUUUCGAUUCCUUCUGGGCUGUGCUUUAUAGUUUGGAUUCCGAAAUGGUUUUGGGAGUAAACUAAUAUCUAAACUCUCAACUGAUGCGGAUUGUUCCAUGGCUUUUCGUGUGGUAUGGAGUAUGCGGUUUGGGAUGCUGCUACCAGGACGUUUGGUUUCUUCUACGUUUUAAAGUCUCUAAAUAUCUAGAGAAGUUACGCCUUUUUGAAAAGAAACGAAUAAGUCUUUUUUCAUGUAAUGGACCUCGUGAAAAGCGGAUAUACAAGAUGAACUUUUAUUCUCAUUCAGAACAAAUGAGAAACACUUAUUAAGGUUUUCUUUAUUUUUUUUAUUUUCCUACACAAAAUCUAGAAAAUAUAAUGUCAAAUAAGCUUUCAACGUUCACUGCUCCAGUAAUACGACCAACCUCAUCAGUUGCGAGUUUCAGUUCUUCCGCUGUUAUAACUACAUCAGAAGCGUAGUUAAGAGACAUUUUCAAAUGCUUUAUACAUUCUUUUAAUGCUUCUCUCUGACGCCGAUUCCAACCAUACCCACCGUCAUCGUUGUUCUCAGUCUGUACAUGGGAAAUGAUUCUGAAAGAUGACGCCAGUGCUGCAAGCGCUUGUUCAAGCCCUAUUUCAUUUUUGAUAGAUACUUCAUGGACAUGUGAUAUUGGGAUGUCCAAAGCUUGAUGUAAGUAUUUACGAACCAUGGUUGCCGCUCCCGAUGCUCCCUGAACGAGGUCAGUUUUGUUUAGUAAAACAUGAACUUGCUGGUUUUUGGCUUUAUAAUUCUUUACAAGUUCAAAUAUCUGGUUUUCCAAUGCAAGAGACUUCCCGGUCCAGAUUUCGGAUGGUAAUAUAAGUAAUACAACGUGAGCUUUUUCAGCCUUUUCUUUUGCAAUUUCUAUGCCAAUGCUUUCGAUUUCUUGGACAUCCGAACCUUUUCGAAAGCCGGCCGUGUCAGUCAAGAAUACCGGAAACCCGUGAAUAUCCAGCAAGGUCUCAAUAGCAUCUCGAGUAGUGCCUGGUUGUUCAUUAACAAUGGAGACUUUUCGUUUAGCCAAAUAAUUCACCAAACUUGAUUUACCAGCAUUUGGUGGCCCGACUACAGCUACUCGAAUACCUUCUCGGAGGAUUUCGGUUGGCCUGGCUUUGGACAAAUGACGUUCCAUUUCAUCCGUCAAAUCUAAGAUUUCUUGAAAAAUAGGUUCAAAUUCUUUCUGAUCUAAAUCAUGCUCUUCGGAAAAAUCAAUGGUAGCCUCUAAAAGUGCUCUGCAUUCAACCAGCUUAUUCUUCCAACCAAAACAUAGACGAUACAAGUCGCCGUGUGCUUGCUGCGAGACAGAAUAUAGCUGUUCUGAUGUUUCGGCAUCAAUUGCAUCAGCAAGUCCUUCCAGUUGCGUCAAGUCAGUCUUGCCAUUGUAGAAUGCCCGUUCUGAAAAUUCUCCAGGUAAUGCAUAUCGUAAAUUUGGGAUAUUCGUUUGCUCAAUUGCAUCCAAUGCUUCCUUAACUAUUGCUUUACCACCAUGCAAAUGAAACUCUACUAUGUCUUCUCCAGUAAAUGAUGCUGGUUGUUGAAAAUACAAAAUUAAGGCUUUAUCGACAAUCUGAGACCGAGUAGGAUGUUUUAUACUUUGCAGAGAUGCCAAGCGCGGCUUUGGUAUCUUUCCAGUAAGUUUUUGGAGUACCUUUAUAAAUUAGUUUGGGUCUGAGAAAUAGGAACUACUCACCGUACUUGCAGAAGGCCCAGAUAUGCGAACAACUGAAAGAGCUGCGCGACCUGCAGGAGUUGAUAAGGCAUAAAUUGUGGGUAUGAAUUUAGAAAUUCUCUCAAAUCGCUUCAUUAUUAUAACACAAUUAUCCACAAAAAGGAAUCUCACACGACGAGUUUACUUUUGUUUCAAUCUGCCAAAAGCUUCAACAAACGUAUAGAAUAGUCCACCAAAAAGAAAAUGAAGCUGGAAUUAAUGUAAUUACCCUUACCAAAGAUUUUUUAUGAAAGACUAACAAAUUUGGAUUGUUCCCAUGCUAAUUUACAAGUUGUUCUUUAAUAAACAGAUUCACCAAAGUAAAGAAUGACUUUUUAGAAACAAAAUCUCACAUCUCUUUACCAAGGCACUUGGAGUUUCUGAUGAAGCAUCGUUGCGUUCUGUAAUAAGUCUCGCUCGAUUUCACUACGCUACGGCAUUUCGUGCACACACAGAAUUUGCAGGAAAGAAAGAGUUUGCCAAACACCAUCUGCCAAAAUGCAGCAAGACGAAGUCAUUUGGCAAGUUAUUGGUCAUGAAUUUUGUUCAUAUAGGAUAAAAGGUGAAGCCCUAAAUUUUUGCAGAAAUGAAUAUAACGUUACUGGACUUUGUAAUCGACAAUCAUGCCCAUUGGCAAAUUCCCGUUAUGCUACAGUUCGAGAGGAUAACGGAAAGCUGUACCUUUAUAUGAAAACAAUCGAAAGAGCACAUUCGCCUGCAAAGUUAUGGCAACGGAUCAAGCUCUCCAAAAACUAUACCAAAGCGUUGGAACAGAUUAAUCAAAAUUUGCUUUAUUGGCCUGGACGUCAAAUCCAUCGCUGCAAACAAAGACUUACUCGUCUCACGCAGUACUUAAUGAAAGCCAGGAGGCUUGCUCUUAAACAUCAACCUACUUUAAUUCCUAUAAAGCCCAAGCAGAAGCAUCGUGAAGCUACUAGAGAACGUAAGGCCCUCGUUGCUGCUAAAUUAGAAAGAAACAUUGAGCGAGAAUUGGUUGAGCGGCUUAAGAGUGGUGUUUAUGGCGACCAGCCUCUCAACGUAAACGAAGAAAUUUGGCAGAAGGUUUUGUCUGCUCGCGAAGGUUUGGUUGAUGAAGCUAAGGAGCAGGAAGAUCAAGAAGAUGCCGAAGUUGAAUAUGUCGAUGAAGAGGAAGAUGAGGAUGAGGAGGAAAUUUCCGAUUUAGAAGACUGGUUGGCAGAUCAAGGUUCUGAAGAAUCUGCAACAUCUGAAAGCGACGAGGAUGAAGAGAGUUCAGAUGAAGAAGACGCCACAUCCAAGAAGCGCAAGUCUACUGAAGAUAGAAAGUCUAGCAAGAGACGUGGUCCUCACAUACAUAUUGAAUAUGAACGCGAACAUGAGACUGCUCCAGCUGUUCAGCAACAGCAUGCCUGGUAAAGGGUUUCCUAAAAAAUGGUUUUUUGGGUAUCGGGUUCAGGUUUAAUGCCUACUCUUUGGAUUUAGGAAAAUGGUUUUUGUUUCAUACUUAUUUGAUUAAUAAUAAUUACUUGUAUUUAUACCAAAAA